AUGGAUGCCCUCAUGCCCUUUGUGGUGUCCAACCCAGAGCAGGACCCCAAGCCCUUGCCAUAUCUCUGCCACAAGCAGCCGUACACAUUUGAUAUCAACCAGUCUGUUGCCUUGAAAGGAGAAGGAAUGAGCCAGGUGGCUACCAUCUGCAGGUCCAACUUUAAGCAUAUGUACUGGACCAUGCUGCAGCAACUCACACACCACUCCGUUAAUGGAUGCAAUAUGGAACCUGGAGACCUCUUGGCUUCUGGAACUAUCAGUGGAUCAGAACCUGGAAGCUUUGGCUCAAGGACUCUCCUGAUGUUGUUAGUGUCAAACCUCAUCCUGUGGGAGAAGGUGGUCUCUGUGCCUCUGAAUGUCAGUGAGUCUGGCCUAAAUGAAGUGUCCCUCAAGGACCUGUUUGACAAUGCCACUACACUGUCUGAGAACAUCACUAAGCUUGCUACAGACAUGCGCAUGGAAUUCUUCUACAACAAUUUCUCUUCAAGAACAUUCAGUAAAAUUCUAAUAAGCUUGCAUAAGGAAAUGAAACUGGAUGAUGUCUUCAACAAGUGCCACACUCUUUCCAUCAAAACUCCAGAAACAAAAGCUGAAGUCCGCAAGACCUCGUUUGAAGACUUUUUGAAUAUAACAUUCAGUAUACUGCGUGCCUGGAAAGACCCUCUGAAACACCUAGUGACAGAACUCAGUGCAAUGCCAAGAGUCCCUGAUGUUAUCCUCUCAAAGGCCAAAGCCAUUGAGGCCCAACACAAAAUCCUUCUAGAGAACAUCAUGAAGGUAGUACCCAAGGUUAAUCCUGCAAUUCAAGAAAAUGAAGAUUCCAUAGUCUGGUCAGACCUGGACUCCUUGCAGUCAGAUGAUGAAGAAAUUCGAUUGUUUGGUCUUUAUGUAUUCUCAUACUGUCUGCGUGUUGACCUGCAAAUAGUUGAAUUUUAUGUCUAUAUGUUGAGAUGUCUGCAUAUUCAUGGUAACAUCUGCUACUUGGAAUCUGAUCCAUCUUUUUGAAGCUUCUUUUA